AUGGGAAAACUUUUCAAGUCCAUUGUCGGAGUGGGUAAGGUCGUGAUGGGCCGUCCAGUUGACCUCAAGAAGUUCUUCAGCCCGACCGCUGCCCGAGGAAAGCCAGUAUGGCCAAAGACUCAGGCAGAUCUUCUUCGUUACGGAGUUCGUUGGGACUACGACGGCAUCAUCACGAAAGAAGACGGCAAGGAAUAUCACAAAUUCCAACUACAACCCAACGCCGGGAAAGUCCCCUCCACGAUUAAGGAAUGGCGCGACAACAACGGAGGCACACACGCAGUGAUGGCGACGAUGUACAUUGAUAAAGGGACCAAUCCGGAUGACGAAACAUUUGAGGCUGCGGUUAAGAGCUCCCUGGAAGGGCUUUGA